AUGCGCCUCACAACCCUCCUCACGGCCCUGGCCCACGCCGCCGCCGCCGCCGCCGCCUGCGCCGAGGACAACUGCUACCGCAACAUCCAACGCCAGCCCUCCGCCAGCGCCUUCUGCGCCACCUUCACCACCUCCUUCGUCGCCCGCCCGACAAACCUGCCGGACGGCAUCCUCUCCUCCUGCGGCGCCCCCCGGCUGUCGAGCGCCUGCUCCUGCGUCUACCCGGGCGGAGGCUCCGGCUGCUCCCCCGUGACGGUGACGGAGACGCUGGCGGCGGAGAGUGUGACGAUCACGGCGACGUUCGUGUCGACGUUGACUGUGUUUUCGAGUGUGCCGCCGGUGCCGCUUCCGUCGCCUAUCGAUGAGAGUUCGGUGCCGCCUGUGCCGUUGCCGUCGCCUAUUGAGGAGAGUUCCGUGCCGCCGGUUUCUCUCCCGUCGCCGGGGUCUUCGGUACCGCCGGUCCCGCUGCCGUCGCCGAUCCCGGACUCCUCGGUCCCUCCGGUCCCGCUUCCGUCACCUAUUGAUGAGAGCUCCGUCCCUCCGGUCCCUCUCCCCUCGCCCAUCUCCGAGUCUAUCCCUCCGGUCUCUCUCCCGUCACCCAUCUCCGAAUCCUCGAUCCCCCCGGUCCCGCUUCCGUCACCAAUCGACGAAAGCUCCGUUCCUCCCGUCCCUCUCCCAUCCCCCAUCUCCGACUCCUCGGUCCCUCCGGUCCCUCUACCGUCGCCAAUCGACGAGAGCUCCAUCCCUCCCGUCCCCCUCCCGUCCCCCAUCUCGGAAGAGCCCCCCACCCCAACAUCCCCCUCCACCGGAAUCCAAUGCACGUCCAUCCCGCAAGCCAGGGCGACCUACACCCUUUACUUCGCGGGACUUUCCGUGCUCCCCUCGAACUUCUUCACGGACUACACCCUCUUCACCAUCUACGGCGGCGAGCUCGACGCCUGCGCCGCCCUCUCCGCCUGCGCCGCCGCCGUCGACGCCAACGGCUACCGCUCCUUCUACGUCGCCUUCCGCCCCGGCGUCUCGGGCCUCACGAGGGGCUCGUACCAGUGUUACGUCUCGAGGAGGGCGUUGAGGGAUCCCGCCGCCUUCUCGCUGCCUAAUCCGUUGGUUCGGGAGGUUUAUGCUUACAGCUGA